AUGAUAUCGCUAUCUAAGAUUCGUUAUGAACCGAAAGCACCCUUCUUUAUCCUCCACUUUAUGACCAUGUUUCCCAACACCUUUUACCUGAAACCCAUAAUUUCGAAGAGGUUUCGCCUGGUCAAUGCAACGCUCAUGAGUAUCAGCUAUUUAUUGUUGGCUUACAAUGAAACCGAGGGCACGAUGGACCUCGUCCUGUUCAAUGACGCUCUUGCACACCUGAGCAUUAUUCACCGCAUUUUGCGACUGGAGGGCAGUCACGCCCUGCUAGUCGGCGUCUCGGGCUCCGGCAAGAAGGUGCUGGCCAAACUGGCUGCCUUCAUUGCCGGCCUCUCACCCUUCGAGAUCAGUCUCAGCAAGAGUUACGGCAUGCCGGAGUUCUGCGAGGAUCUGAAGAGCCUCUAUUCGGGAAUGGCGGAGAACAAGAAACAGUACAUGUUUAUGUUUGCUGAUAACCACGUUCGAGAAGAAGGAUUUUUGGAAUUAAUCAACAACAUCCUAACAACUGGAGCUUUGGUAGCUCUGUUCUCCGAGGAGGACAAGGACGGUAUAAUAAAUAAUGUUUGGCCGACUGCGGAAGCGGCUAUCAAGGCGAUUGGCGGAGCGACUGCCUCUGUAACCAAGGAGACAGUAUGGAAGUGGUUCCACAAGAAUUGUACUGCUCGGCUCCACCUGGCCCUCUGUAUGAGUCCAGUUGGUGACAACCUACGAAACCGAUGCCGAAACUUCCCGGGCCUUGUCAAUUGCACUACCAUCGACUGGUUCUUCCCGUGGCCAGAACAGGCCUUGUUCGCCGUUGCCUGCAGUCUGAUUGAUCCAAAGAGCGGUGUGGUUCCUCGAAGGCACUGGGAGUCCAUAAUCACAAACAUCGUAUCAAUGCACAUGAUUGUGGAAGAGGAGAGUCUGGAAUUCAGACGACAGCUGCGACGUGAUAACUACGUCACUGCAACUAACUACAUCGGCUUCAUUCAGGGCUACAAGGCCCUUCUGAGAGACAAAAAUGAAGAAAAUAUCCAGGGUCAGAAUCGACUCAAGGUGGGUCUGGAGAAGUUGCAGGAGACCGCAAAGCAGAUCGACGAACUGAAGGUGAAGAUGGCUGUGCAGAAGGUGGUGCUGGAGGAGAAGACCAAGUCCUGCGAGGUGCUUCUGGUGGAAAUUGAAGAGUCCACAAAGACUGGUACUGAAAAGAAGACCGAGGCGCAGGCGAAGUCUGUGGAGGUCGCUGCACAACAGAAAGUCAUCACGAAGGAGAAGGUUGGUUGGUGGUUUUUUUUAAUCGGAGGACCCAUUGUCCGCCAUGAAAUUGCCCGGAGGGUUCUUUAA